AUGGCGAACGUAACGUUAGGUGCACAAGACUUAACCGAAAUCUCUAACAUUGUUCAGAGUAAUCAGAAUAACAAUGAGCCGAGAACCAAGCAAUUCGAUGGUACCCAAUCACAGGCUGUCGAUUGGAUGGAAAGUUUUGAUUACUUCGGUACAUCAAUUGGAUGGAAUGAUGACAAGCGUAAGUCUAAAUUAGGUACUUUCAUGAUCGGUGCCGCCAGAGAUUGGUUCAAUAUAACAGUUCAUGGCUCGAACUUAACGUGGGAUCAGGCAAAUGCAAAAUUAGCUGAGCAAAGUUUGAAACAAGCGCAAGAUCCAAGUACCACGAUGGAUGGUCAACUUAUGCAAUUGACACAAUCAGUGAACUUGAUGAAUAGUGAACAACAAAGUGGAUCAGAUGCAAACUCAAAUGGCCAAAACAACUCACAGAGGAAUUUCAGUUUCAAUGGCCAGCGGAAUUAUCAUCGAGACAACUGGAACUACACAAGCAAUCGCAAUUACCAAGAUUAUCGCGAACCUAAUAACGGACAGCGAAACAAUAUGGCCGCUAUGGUCCAAUCAGAUGAAACGGAAGAUAAUGAGCAAGAGGUUAUUAAAUUUGUAACUGUUCCCACUCUGAGACUUUUCGAGAUCGGACGUUUAUCAUGGGCCCAAAUUGAUGGAUAUUCCGAUCCCGACGACGUGCUCAAUACCUUAAUUGAUUAUGGCUGUGCACGAAGAACAGAGCAACUGACAGCGUCGAGACGUUGGUCAAAUCCCUUAUGUCCGUCAAUGCGGAGCAGUUAUGAUCAAUUAGUAUUCCUCAGGCAUUCUCUGGAAUUAGUUCAAUGGCUCACGACAUCGCAUACAUACUCUUCACGAUACGAAACAAGAAUGAGCUACAAACGUGUCGAUUUAGAGUUGAAGGCAAUCCAGAGCUACUCUAAUAUAACGACUGCCGGCUGUGGAGUCGGGAGGAAAGGGAAUCUAAUGGACAACACGUGCUUCACAUACCAUACAUCUAGUGAUACAAUGUUUGCGGGCAUUCAAAACGGACGGGUAGUACAAACCGGAGAGACGCCGUGGACUGUAUUAAUCACAUUUCGCAAAAAUGGGAGUUGUGGCGCAAACUGUAAAGUGAAUGAUAUUCGCGUAUAUCCGGGACUAAUAAAUCAAAGCAUUUCAAGCCAUGCCUACUAUACAUGCGGUAAGUAUUUUGUUAAUCCCACGUAUGAACAGAAAGGGUGGGCCGGCUAUGACUUGGCAUUAAUCCGACUCAACACUGGUAUACCACUGGACGGGACAUCGGGUUUGACGGGAAUUAACGCCAUUUGUUUACCCGAAGAGAAUGUGACGAAUUUGAAUGAAGAGUACGCGCUAUUGAAUGGCUUUGGAGCCGACAACGAAAACGGGACGGGAAGUGGGAUUCAACGCAUGGGUUGGACUAAAAUCAUGAAAGGCUACGCCGACGAUAGUAUGGGUCAAAAUUGUAUUCUUAAAUAUAAACGCAUACCAUUCCCGUCGGGAACAGCCCCUUGUACGGGUGAUUCUGGUUCACCCAUUAUACAGUAUGUGAACGGUGUGGCUGUACUCAUUGGCAUCCAUGUUCGGGUAGACGGUGUGAUGGGAACGGCAUGUGUGGACCUAGAUCCAAAUGCUAAAGGAGACGGCCCUCGGGUUUCAUAUCACAUGCAAUGGAUAGUCAAUACUAUCUAUGAUAACAAUCACUAA